AAAAAAAUCCCCACCCCUGCACAGCCCCUAAUGCCCUAAUCUGAUCAGUGAUCACGCAGCCCUCAAUCCCUCAACCGCUCAACGUGCUCUUCUCUGGAGUCUCUUUCUCGUCACACUCUGACUCAAGCUCAAGCUCUCUCACGGCUGCUGCCACACUCAACCUCUCUCGUCUCCGUCUCGCUCACGCACUCACUCUCUCGCACUCAACCUCGGGUGGUGGUCGUUGUCGUCUUAUUGCUUCGGACGUCAGUUGCUCCCUGAGCAGGAGAAUCCAGACCUAUGGAAGUGGCUAUCUGGACAGGAGAAACCCCCAGAAUCAGUUAGCAGUAAUCCAGUUUUUGCUGCAGUGCAUGAAAGAGUUAUGAAGAACCUUGAGAGCCAUUCUGCCCCAGAAACAAGAGCAACACCUGGCCAACCAUGGGUAAGGGGUUGGGAUGAUAUCAAGAAAGGUCGGGACGGUCCCAUUGUUGGCAAUCAGUAGCUUGAGAACUCAAGAUCUUGUCAUUUGUAACAAUGAAAAAAAAUGCAUUUUUUACCAUUUUUGUUAUUAUAAAAUAAGUGAUGGGUAACUGACUAACUGCAACUCAAAGGUUUGUAUUAGCAAGUGCAUAUCAGCACAAAGGGAGAAAAAAUAAAACUAGAACUAGAAGAUUUGGACUUUUUGGACUAAAUCAUUAUUUUAGUUCCCAAAAAGAUUCGUGUUCCGAUAGAAGAUCGGGAAGAAAUACUAGACUUCUUGUGGACCCGAAUUUUGCACGUGUCUUAUAUAUCUCAAAUUUCUUGACGUCUUGUUCUGACACUCACACAAACCACGUGAAUGGCCUCUGCAACUGCAUUAGACCCCGUUUGUGUGUUUCUGCUACUUCUUCCUCUGUUUCUUCAGCUGUCGCCGUUAAUGGCAGAGGAGCCAGUUCCAUGUCCAGCAACAUGGCCUGAUCAAUUCCACUCGGUGCUCUUCAUCAACAGAAGCAGUUCCCUGCAGAAGGUAGACUUAUGGUACGACUGGCCCAACGGCCGCAACUUCAACAUCAUCCAGCACCAGUUGGGUGUCCUCACCUACGACCUCGAAUGGGACAACGGCACCUCCUUCUACUACACCCUCCACCCAUUCAACACCACCUGCAAGGUGGUACAUUUCGAUGUUGGCAUUCUACGCCCCAACUGGCUCGACGGUGCUACCUUUCUUGGUCAUAAGAAUGUUGACAAUUUCCUCUGCAAUGUCUGGGAGAAGGCUGAUUUCAUCACCUACUACGAGGAUGUACUUACUCAAAGACCUGUUAUGUGGGUCUUCUCCUCUGGAAUGGUUGCUCAUGUGAUGACAUUUGAGGUUGGUGCGGUGCUCGAGGAUACGAAUUGGCAGGCACCUGUGUAUUGUUUUAGUGAGACAGAUACCAGCAGCUCACUCUUAGAAUCAUCUAUUGAUGUUUCUCAUGGGACAUUGAUCAGAGGGAUACCCCAUACUGCUGCUUAGUGGUUGUUAAAUUUCCAUUAAAUGUAUGCUGUAUUCCAAAAUAAAAACAUGUUGCUAUUUGCUUCGUUGAGUUGAAGCUAUUUUUAUCAAUGUUGUUUACUUGUUUAGAAUGAUAAUGAACCGUUAAGAGUCCUUUAUGAACUUCGUGUAUCUGUUAUUGAAGCUGAUACCAUAGCUUCAUUGCAUGUCAUUUGAAGAAUGUUACUGUAUAAAUAAGAAAUUCUUGGCAUCGAAUCUUAGAAAACUCAA